GAAUCAGCCUCGUCUCCUCUGCAGCAACAGAAGAAGAACAACCGUCUCCAUCAUCUAUACGUUGAAGCCGUCGAUGGCCUAUGCGGCAAACCUCUGCAAUAUCGUUGUCGAGGAAUAGACAAGCAAGGUAAAAUACUGCUUUACAAACAUGUGGGACGGACCAGGACCAAGGCAAGGACCACGGGGAGGACCUCCUUUCCGUGGUGAUCAUCGUGGAGAAAUGUUUUACGGCAGAGAUCGUCCUAUGCCUGAUUACCGAGGUAGAGAUGGUAUGAACAUGGGCCCCAUGGGUAAUAUGGGCCCAAGGCAUCUAGAUCUACCACCUAUGGACAUGAGGAGAAUGGAUGGACCACCGAUGAGGGGGCGUGACAUGGAUCCACGUGACAUGGAUCCUCGUGAUAUGCGAGGUAGAGAGCCAAACCGAGAUUUUUUCAGACCUGGAGAAGAGCCAGACUUCAGUCUUCGAAGACACCAUGACUUUCCCGUUAGAGACAAAAUGGCGGGUUCUGGUUUCCCUGGACCUGGAAGGAACUCGGCAGACAUGGGUGGGAGGGAUUUACCGCCUCGGGAACAAAAUAGUAGAUUUACAGACAUGAGAGAAAGAGAUUCAUUUCAGUACGACAUGCCACACAACAUGGAUGGAAGAAGAGGGUUUCCCCCGGAUCGAAUGGAACGGAAUGAUGACUUUAGGGACAUGCGUGACAGGCCCCCAAUGGGCAUGGGUGACGAUGAUGGUUAUGAUAUGGAUUUGCCUCCACGCGAAAGGAGAAUGUUGGACACUGACAGAAGAGGAGGACCACCUUUCAAUCCAAGAGGUGGGUUUGAUUCUGAUAUGGAUUUCAGGAGUCGUUUUGGGCCUCCAGCUGAAUUUAGAGGCAGGGAUCGUUCUCCCAUGAGAUUUGGAAACAGAGAUGUCCCUCCACGGGAUAGGGGAAGAUCAGACAUGCCUUCAGAUGUUGCUGGCCCUGAAAGACCAGAGUUCAUGGGACAUGACGACACAUUAGGAGUAAGGGAAUAUCCAGAAUCAGGUGACAGUCCCCUUAUGGAUUAUCGAAGUGGUGAAGAAAUGACUCUUGCUGAGGAAUGGAAAAGCCGUAGAAAGGACAAGAACCCUUUUAUGAACAUGACCAAGGGCAUAGGAGGUCUGCCUGAGCCUGGCUUUCCUGUUGGGUUUGGAAGAGAUUUGAGUAUGAGAGAUCCACUGCCGUUUCAGGAAAGAGACAGACCCCCUGUUGACUUCCAAGCAAAAGAUGUCGGCUUUCCUCGUGGAGACCACUUUUCUGCUAUGGAUCGACCACCAAUUGGCAGCAAACCUCCACAAGACCGCCCACUCCCUGAUUUGAGUCCCCUUUCUGGCCCACUUGGGAGAGAAAAAGAGGGCAAACAGUGGCUUGGCGAGAGAGACCCUAAGCAUGGUCAGAAUAAACCAAUUCGUGAUGAAAGGCCCCCCUACCAUAAAGAGAAGAAUCAGCCCCUACAUGAUGUUCAGAUGCCAAGUGAUUGUUUUAAAGGGCUUAAAGAUGUCCCACUCAGUCAAGAACCUGCCAGGGGAAAAAUGGGGCCAGCAUGUGAUAUCCAAAGCACCAGCACUGCACAGCCAAGAGACCAAGACUACAGAGACAUUGAUUACAGAACUGGGUCCGGAAGGGCUUUUGAUUACAAUCACGAAGAGCUUCAAACCCCAGAUAAACUCCUCAAAGAACCCAAUCCAAUCACUCUUUCAAAAGUUAGUGAGUCUGGUUCUCAGGAUCAAGAUUACAGGAGUGCAUCAUUUGAGGACAAAGCAUCCAACACAAUAUCCAUAAUUGGUAUUCCAAAGACCGCAACUAUGGAGCAGAUCCUUGGUGCCUUUGCUGAUCGUGAUGGUGUACCAAUGCAGGGGAUGAAGAUCAAAAAUGUGGUGCCAGGUUACAGCUACGAUACGGCCUAUGUGGAGUUUUUAAACCUCGAGGAUGCAGUCCACUUCAUGGAGUCCAACAAGGGAUGCCUAAAGGUUGGCACUAGAACAUCAUCCAUGAAGUACUUCCAUCGAGAUGAGUGUGAUAGAGGUGUUCAUGAGUCUGAUCACAAAGUACCUCAACUUCCAGAGCCCCCGUUGCCUAGACAAGAUGAGCCUUUAGAAGAGAUGAAGAUCAGCCUGAAUGGGACUAAACCUAAGGGCCCUAUGGACCCUUUAUCCAGCAGUCAGUGGCAGCGUAGCUCUGACUUAACUCCAGAGGCCUGGCAGCAGCAGGUGGACCAACAGCUCCAACAGCAAGAAGCUGAGCAGCAGGCAGAGUCUUGGGGCAACCGCAACCCAUCUUCCAACAUGUCACACAAAUCUAAAUCCGUCUUCAAAGACAGCAAAACCAUGAUCAUAAAAAAUGUGAAGCCCACCACCUCAGUCGAGACUAUCCUGAAAGCCUUGGACCCCUUUGCAUACCUUGAUGAAAGAAAUGUUCGUCUAGUGAAGGCCAAGCAACCAGGAGCCAAGUGCUUCUGCUUCGUAGACAUGGACUCCCAUGAGCAAGUGACACGUCUGGUUGAGCUCCUCACGAAACCCAAACCUCUCUACAUUGAUGGAGUCAGAGUUUAUGCUGAAGUUGCUAGACCCCUAAAGAACCAAAAUUUCAAGAGAGACUUCGAACAAUCAAACAGUUCCAUCCUAGGAUAUCCACCUGAGGCUAGCAUGAUUGGGCAGCAGCAGCCACAGCAGCAGCAGCCUCCACAGCAGCCGCAUUAUCCACAACCUCCGCAGUACUUGAUACCACCCACUGGUGUCCCUGCUGGAAUGCAAGGUGAUAUGAUAGCCGGCAGCAGUAUUCCUGAUCUGGCAUCAAACCCCGGCAUGGGACAGAGUCUGGGCUACAGUGAGACUCCUUCUGUGGAUCCAUCUUACCAGGCUGGUGUACCCCCUGUCACCCCAGAACCAGUUGGGAUGAUGGUCCCCGUAGAAGGAUCUCAGACCUACAUGUAUGGCUCUGAGACUCCAGAUAUGAGCAACUACUUGUAUGAUUCCACGUCUGGCUUCUACUACGAUCCAGAGACAACACUGUACUAUGACCCGGGCUCAAGGUAUUUCUACAAUGCUCAAACUCAGGAGUACUUGUACUGGGAUGCUAUGUCAAAGACGUAUAUCCCAGUCCCAGGAGGGAACUCUGCUGAGGCUCAACCUCUGACCAUGACAGCAGAGGUCCAGGCCAUCCUCUCCAACCCAGCAGCAGAUGCACCUCUGGAGAUGAAGAAAUCAAUGAUGCCUCCACCCACAGCACCAGCUCCAGUAUCGGUGUCUGCACCAGCUCCUGAACCUGUUCCUGUUCCUCCUCCCAUUGCUGCUGUGCCCACUGCUGUCCCUGCUCCAGAUCCAGUCCAGACUCUCCCUCCAGCUCCAGAGAAGAAAGAUGAGGAGGAAUCCAGUAAGAAGGACAAGGACGGCAAGGAGGAGAAGCCGAGGAGUCUUGCUGCUGUCAAGAUCAUGAAAGAUAUGGAGCGCUGGGCAAAGAUCCAGAAUCGUCAAAAGGAAAGUGUCCGUGCAGCAUCACCAGUGCUGAAGGGUGGGAUGGAAGAUGACAGGAGGCAAUCCAAGUCUGCUGACGCUGGAUUUGCUGUCUUUGAGAGAAAGAUUUCAGGUGGAGAGGAUCUUUUUAAGAAACCUCUUGCUCCCCCCAAGAAAGAUGAAAAGUCAAAGCGUCCAAUGGGCUCUCUGGGCCUGCUGGCAUCUGACUAUGGAGCUGGCAGUGAUGAAGAGGUGGAAGAAGAUAAAGAGGAAGCAGGCAAAAGCAGCCAGGCAGGCCAGCCUGAAGACAAGGACAGCAAACUGACAGACUGGAAGAAAAUGGCCUGCCUGCUGUGUCGGAGACAAUUCCCCAACAAGGAUGCUCUGAUCCGCCAUCAGCAGCUUUCAGACCUGCACAAACAAAAUAUGGAGAUCCACCUGAAGAUCAAGAGGUCCAAGAAGGAACUGGAGGCGUUAGAAAAUCAGGAAAAGGAACUAAAUGCUAGAGAAUCUACCCGGUCACCUGAACAGAAGAGGAAAAAACACCAUCAUCAACAGCAGCAUCACAGCACCUGGGCUGGAAGCUCUAGGGAGAGCAAAGUUAGUGAAAGACCUGGUUUAGGAGCUGAGCCAGCCCCGCAGAGGAAAAAGAAAGAGCCGGUUGUUUGGGACCAUGCCACCUACAAACAAGCAGUACGGAAAGCCAUGUUUGCGCGCUUCAAGGAACUCGAGUGAUCACGUCUGAACAUAUCUUCACUUUGAUAUAUGGACUGAAAAUAACAUGCUCAUCCACCUUGGCAUGAAAAAUCCCUUUGGACUGGUUCUACUGAUUCUCUGCCUCUGAUAUAACGACGCUAUACAGCCACAGUUUUCUACUCUGAUAAUACAUGGCCAAAAUAACAUUACCAGGCAAAAAGUCAAAAAACAAGUAUUAACAUCAUGAAUAAUAGAUGUAUAGAAAUACAUGCUGUUUCUGCCCAUGUUUUAUGCGUUCUGUAUGUAGAGUUGUGAAUUGUGUCCAGAUGUAUUUUUUGUGAUGAUAGUCACACUGGCCACAGAAAUGUUUUGUUUUAAAAAAGAACAAUUUUUACAUUUUUAUUUUCAUGGGUGAAAAUGCUACUAAAUGUUCACUUUUUUAAGUAAAAGAUAAUUCUGCCUCGA